AUAAUAAUCAAAGCUACCAUGUAUUAAUGGCGGAUCCGAUGUGAAUAUUUUAUAAUUUAACACUUUUAGCUUUAAAAUGGGGCAGACAACAUCAAAUGUAGCUCGAAAAGUAACAAGGUCAAUAUCCUCUGUAUUUUCUUCAACUUCAGACGACCAAGCAGAGCCUGGUGUUGGAAGAUUUGCUGUAACGCCAUACGUAUUCAAGAGGACUGGGUCAAUGUAUUUUGAUGAGGAUGGGGAUCUUGCUCAUGAGUUCUUUAUUGAAGUGAAGCGUGGACAUAAGUAUAUUAUGAAACGCUCAUAUGAAAAUCUAACUCCACAGGGAGAAGUUGAACUUUCACAUCCUAGAUUUAAUGUAGAUUUUCCAACUGUGUUAUGUAGAGCCCCGUACAGUUGAUGUUCACCUUACAUUCUAAAUCUUCUUCAUUAUUCCUAUAGACCAGUAAAAUAACAGCUGAAUAUAUUCUGAUGUCACCAGCUUCAUCUCAAAGUAUAGUUCUUAUGGUAACAGUGUAAUAUAGAAUGUCAGCUAAAUUGAGAUUCCAACAUGAUCUUUAUAAUCUUAAU